UUCCGGUUUGUGUGUGAAAGGGAAAAAGGCGGAACAGGAGGCCUCUCAGAGGGAACAAAGGCUGCCGGGAUAUUAACCAACAUGGAAACAGUCUGAUCUUUGUAAUCCAGUGUCCAGCAAGAUGUCAAAGCGCCCAUCCUACGCUCCACCUCCCCCCCCUGCCCCAACCACACAAAUGCCUUCCACCCCAGGGUUUGUGGGCUACAACCCUUACAGCCAUCUGGCCUACAACAACCUCCGGCUGGGAGGGAGCUCCGGAGGCUCCAGCAGGAACUCCUCAGGGAUCACCGUCCCAAAGCCUCCCAAACCUCCAGACAAGCCUCUGAUGCCAUACAUGCGGUACAGCCGGAAGGUAAGCAGGAAGGUAUGGGACCAGGUGAAGGCCUCCAACCCAGACCUGAAGCUGUGGGAGAUCGGGAAGAUCAUUGGAGGAAUGUGGCGGGACCUGACCGACGAGGAGAAGCAGGACUACCUGAAUGAGUACGAAGCUGAAAAGAUCGAGUACACGGACUCUCUGAAAGCUUAUCACAACUCUCCAGCUUACUUAGCUUAUGUGAACGCUAAGAACCGCGCCGAGGCGGCCAUGGAGGAGGAGAGCCGGCAGAGGCAGAGCCGUUUGGAGAAAGGGGAGCCAUACAUGAGCAUUCAGCCUGCUGAAGACCCUGAUGACUACGACGACGGCUUUUCAGUGAAGCACUCUGCAGCCGCUCGCUUCCAGAGGAACCAUCGGCUCAUCAGCGACAUCCUCAGCGAGAUCGUCGUCCCCGACGUCCGCUCUGUGGUCACCACCGCCCGCAUGCAGGUCCUCAAGAGACAGGUCCAGUCGCUGAUGGUGCAUCAGAGGAAGCUGGAAGCAGAACUUCUGCAGAUUGAAGACCGCCACCAAGAAAAGAAACGCCGCUUCCUGGAAACUACUGAUUCCUUCAACACUGAGCUGAAGAGGCUGUGCAGCCUGAAGGUGGAGGUGGACAUGGAGAAGCUGGCAGCAGAGAUGGCCGCUGCAGAGGAGGCUGCGAGGCGGCGAGCCGAGGAGCGGGAGCGCGAGGCCGCCGAGCAGGCGGAGAAAGCGGCGCAGCAACAACAGGAGGCCGCUGCUAACAAAGCUGCCGAGCAGAGCGGCGCGGACUCCGCCUCAGGGACCAAAGAGGAAGAGAAGCCCACGCCGAUGGAGACGGCAGACGAAGCGGCGCCUGCAGAGACCCUCUCGGACCAACAGUCCGCUCCCCCUCCUCCGUCUGACCCCCCCUCCCCCCCUUCCGAUAACGCAGGCCUCCUCCCCGAGCCCCCAAGGGAGAGCAGCACUCCUGUGAGCAGCGCCCCCAGUGACGACAGCAACAGCAUGCCCCCUCCGGUGGAUGGAAACCCCGCAGCUACGGCGCCGUCGGACCCCUCAGGGGGACAGGAAGCGGCUAACACUGCAGCUGCAGCGCCCCCUCCUUCUUUGGAUGACGUGGCCCCCCCACCACCAAUACUUCUCCCUAACCAGAGCAGCCAGCAGUACGACAUGUGAGAGUUUAGUUAGAGCUGAGUGUAGCUGUAGAGGUGGAGCCUGGAAACACCGCCAUGUAGCCAUGGGCUCCCGG